AUCAAUGGACCUUGGAAAGAUGAUCACGAUCUUCAUAAAGCUCUACAAUUAAGUUUACAAGAGUGUUCUCUUAACCAAAGGUAUGCUACCUUUGAGAAAUCUUAUUACUGUUUGUGUCACAUCGCAAACAUAAGUUAAAUUCAAAUCUUUUGCAGUGUUGUUAAUUGGACUCUAGGUAAAGCUUAUGGAUUAUAACAGUAUGGAUAGUCCAAAAAAUGUUCAUAAAUUGAUGUAAAUUUCUCUUGUUUACGACAUGCCUGUAUGUUUUUAGGUCAAUGUCGAUUGUGAAACAAGAUCAUUUCAAUCAGGUAACAAGCUUUUCAAUGUGUUGAAAGUGUUUAUUCCAAAAAAUAGCCACAUAUUUAAGCUAUUACAUGUCCAUGUUCAUGCAAUUUGUUUUCUUUUGGAUUAUUUUAAUUGACAGGAUUCACUGGCUAGUAUAUGAUUCAUGUAAAAUACACUUAAGCAUAGUAAAUGUUAUGAUGAUAUGAAAAACUAAUGUAGACUGUGAAAUCACUAGGAAAUAAAUUAAAAGAAAAAAGGUUAGAGCAUGGUAAAAAAAAACAAUUGAGAAAUAGAUACAAGAAACAGAGUAUUCCAGGAGGGGACUGUCUAUUGAAACUGUUGAUGGAGCUUUUAAAAAAUUGUAAAAUAAACCCAAGUUGUCUUUUGUGGGUGUAACUUGAAUUAUUUCUCACUUAAUUAGCAUGCCAGUGCAAUAACUAUGAGUUAUGGACAUGUAACAUAUUGUAGCUGUGAAAAAUUAUAUAAGAGAGCAUUAAAAGGUAAAGCAACAGUGCAGUUAAUGAAUCUUCACUACUAUGAAAAUUAGGAAUGUGAGUAACUAGCCUUAGUGACUAUCCCAUGUGCCCCCUCUUCCCCCAAGAGAGUGCAUAAUGAUGUUCUCAGAUUAAAUAACCUUACAACAUCAAAAUUUUUGCUUUACAGGAUGGCAGUACCAUUACUGAAAUAGAAAUGGUUGGGGCCUGUAAAAGAAGCAGAAGGUAUGUAGGACAAGUUAAUAAACUAUAAAACCAUUUUUGUUGCCAAACAUUAAAUCUAUUCCCCUAAUAUACAAUGCAGUAUAACCUCAUAAGCUGGAGCUUCCUACUCUCUUUACCUUAAAUAUUUUUCUCAGUGAUUUACUAUAAUAAGUUGACUGUUUCUAGUUUUCUUUAAGUUAUCAGGACUUAUUAGAGGUCCACUGUUCCCAUUCUCAUUUCUCCUCAUUUUUUCUCCAGCAUUGUCAGGCAAAUUGAAGGUGAUUUGGCAUUGAAAUCAACUUCAUCUGUUUCUCAACAGGUGUGUCUUUAGCUUAUUGAAAUAUCAUGAGUGUUUCGUGUUCUUUCUUAACCAUUGCAUUUUUCCUUAUAACAUUGGCAUUGUGGUUGGAGGAAUCCCAAAUGUUGUUAGAGUUAGGUUGUGCAUGCAUAUAACAAACAUUUAUUAAUGAUACAUUUGUUCAUGGAUCGAUAAUCUAUUUUACCUUAAUAGGUUGAUAGCACCCCAGUUCAGUCACCAGAUGCUAAAAGACAUAAGGGGUAUACUAGGAAUGUACAUUACAUUAAAAUGAUAUGAGUAUUCACUAACUCCCAACAUGUGAUGUUAGGAGUUACAUGACAGAAAAAAAAUUGGAACAGGAAAACUAAGUGUUCAAGUAAACCAUUACUGAUUGAUACCUACGGAGGAAGCUAGACCAGAGCUGCUGACAUUGACACACUGUUUCUAGCCUUAUUUCGUCAGUUUUCAAAGUAGCGUAAAACUCUUGAAAGCAGUUAAACAUUUGUCCCCAACUGUAGCAGCUACAGUUGGCUUUCACGACAAGGUUUAUUGUUUGUGUACAAUUUGUUCUAUUGUUGACCCACCCAAUGUUGUAAAACCCCACAACAGCAGUUACUUGAUGGCUGGUUGUUAUAAUCUUUUAACAGGGUUUCACUCUGUUAAACAAAUCUUUUAUUCUUGUUGCAGGAAAAGAAAAGUGGAGGAGUUUGGCUUUAUGCACAGAGCAAUAUGUUUUGAAAGCAAAGAGGGCACUGUAGCAACAGAAUGUAAAGUAGACUUCAUGGAG